AAAGUCCCUUCCACGAGGCACUAUCAACAGAGUCUGUUUGUGCUGCUCACUCUUUUCCUUCUAAGCCCUUUGGCUUUAUCGGUCUCCCCUUCUUCUUGGACCCUACAGACCUCAUAGGACCCGGGGCCACAUCAUGUUUCCACGUGUGUUGGCGCUGCUCCUGCUAUGUAUCUCCACAGGCUUGGCUGCCACCCUUAUCCAGGCUUCUGUUGAUGCAGCUGCGGUGGAUUCUCCAGCUGACGGCUCUGUUUUAGCUGAAGCGCAGGCUGGUGAAACCCCAGAUGUUCCUGCUAAUGGGGAGAACCAGGCAGAAAACAUCUUGAUGGCAGAUGCCCCUGUCGAGGGAAAACCUGCAGAGACCCAGAGCUCCACUCAAGAAUCUGAGGAAGAGUUGGACUGGGGUUUCGGUUCUAUCAGAGGGGGUUUCCAGGCAGUGAAUGGCUAUUUUGACUCCAUACUGGAGCUGAUGGGAGGUCGGGAUGGUGUAUGCCAGUACCGCUGUAAAUAUGGUAAAGCUCCUCAGCCUCGUGUUGGCUAUCAAAUGCCAAAGCCUGAUGGUUGUAGUACCUCACUGCUUGGCUUCCAGGUACCGAACAGCUUUGAUAUGGGUGUCCCAGCCAUGACCAAAUGUUGUAAUCAGCUGGACAUUUGCUAUGACACCUGUGGCUCUAACAAGUACCGCUGUGACACCAAAUUCCGCUGGUGUCUCCAUAGCAUCUGUGGUGACCUGAAGAACAGUCUGGGUCUCAUGUCAAAAGUCGAAGCCUGUGAGACCUUUGCGGACACCAUGUAUAACACAGUGUGGACUUUGGGCUGCAGGCCCUUCAUGAACGGCCAGAGGGCAGCCUGCUAUUGUGAAGGAGAAGAGAAGGAUGAGCUGUGAAGACCUACAAACCACACCACCUUCAACACAUAUAAACACUUUACAAGUUUAAACUACUCCACACUAGGGGUCAGUAUUAGGAUGAAUCUCUUAAAGACACACCCUGGUCACAUUUCACCACAAAAAUGAAAAGAAACAAUUAAGCAGAUUUACUGCAAUGCACAACAGUGGUGGUUGUUAUUGGAUUCUCAUUAGUUUGAUAUAGUUAUUUUAUUUAUCAUUAUUAUUAUUA